AGGUUGAAUUAAAUGGAAUAAAAAUGCGCAAGAAAGAAAGAAGGGAAAGUCAUUGACAGAAAAUAAGGCUGUUCACAUUCUUCUUCUCCACUUAACCCCUUUUUCUUUUUCCAUCUAUAAAUCCUUGACUGGCAAGGCUGAAAGGAGUCCAUAAACAAAUUUACUUAUUGCAUCUUCAAUUAUUUACAAUGCAUCACAGUGCUUCAGCUUCUUCUUUGGGUCCAGGCGGUCUAGACUUGUCUCAGGCUUUCUUCAAGCCCAUACAAAAUACCGCCUCACCUUCCUCCACCAAGCGCCAUACCAAGGUCUCCGUCAUUGGAGUUGGGAAUGUCGGCAUGGCAAUCGCCCAAACCAUCCUCACUCAGGACUUAGCAGACGAACUCGCCCUCAUCGACGCCAAGGCUGACAAGCUUCGUGGCGAAAUGCUAGAUCUCCAACACGCCGCUGCCUUCCUCCCACGUACCAAGAUUGUUGCUUCCGUUGAUUAUGCCGUCACCGUUGGAUCGGAUCUUUGUAUCGUCACUGCAGGAGCCCGUCAGAACCCUGGCGAGUCUAGGCUGAACCUGCUGCAGAGGAACGUUGCUUUGUUUUCGCACAUUAUACCUCCAUUAGCAAAGUACUCACCAGAUUCGAUUCUCUUGAUUGUUUCGAAUCCCGUGGAUGUGCUAACUUACGUGUCCUGGAAGAUGUCUGGAUUCCCAUCGAAUCGGGUCAUCGGUUCGGGUACGAACUUGGACUCGUCCCGAUUUCGGUUCUUGAUCGCUGAUCACUUGGACGUCAAUGCUCAGGAUGUGCAGGCCUACAUAGUUGGUGAGCAUGGUGACAGCUCGGUUGCACUGUGGUCUAGCAUUAGUAUUGGUGGAGUGCCGGUGUUGAGCUUCCUAGAGAAACAACAAAUUGCCUACGAAAAAGAGACGCUUGAGAACAUCCACAAGGCAGUUGUUGAGAGUGCAUAUGAGGUGAUUAGCCUGAAAGGGUAUACGUCAUGGGCAAUUGGCUACUCGGUCGCUAACUUGGCUAGGAGCCUGCUUAGAGACCAGAGGAAAAUCCACCCAGUUUCGGUCCUUGCAAAGGGUUUUUACGGAAUCGAUGGUGGUGACGUUUUCUUGAGCUUGCCCACACAGCUGGGCAGGGGAGGAGUAUUGGGUGUCACCAAUAUUCAUUUGACGGAUGAAGAGAUGGAGAGGCUUAGGGAAUCAGCUAAAACUAUUCUUGAAGUUCAGAGCCAGUUGGGAAUGUAAGCAACAAAAAGGCCUUUUUAAGUUUAAUUAACACUGCCAUAAGUGAUCUCUGGUCUAUUCUUCGGUUUAAUAUAAUUUGGGUUUUUUUGUUAUAUUAUUGGUAAGGCCUCGUUUUCUCUUUGUAUUGCCUUAUCAAUAUCUUUGCCUUCCAUUUUUCGGAAUAAUAUAAAAUCUUUAAUUA